AUGUCCAAGUUGGGAGCUGGCUUGCUGGUGGCUCUCUGCCUUCUUGUGGCCACGGCCCUGGCCGAGCCACGCCUUCAGGGGCGGGGGCAGGGGCAGGGGCGGGGACAGGGUCAGAUGCAGGUUCAAAGGUCACAGCAUCCCUAUCUCUUUCUGACCAUACCCAAGGGUCGUGCCAAUGCCGGCGCCGUGGUCCAGGGCUUCGAGAUUGUCGAGGAGCAGGACGAUCAGGAGGAUCUGCACGAUGAGGAGCAGCAGAACGACGCCGACGAGGACGACGAGGAGGAGGAGGAGCUGGAGCACCAGCUCGGCCUGAACUUUGCCCGCAGCGGCCUCGUCUACCGCAAGAGCCAGCCGCAGGAGGACGAUGUGGAGCAGGACGACGACCAGGAGCAGGACCAGCUGCCCGAGGUGGUGCCCCCCAAGCAGAUGAUGGUGAAGCGCGACCAGGCCGGUGCCAUCAUGGUGCCCGACGGCAUCAUCGAGAUCGAGGGCCAGAGCGUGCUGGACGAGAAGACCGGCAAGGCGGCGCUCCUGGUGCCCCGUGCCGCCCUGGACGCCAUUCCCGAUGGCGCCGUCGUGGCCCUGAUGGAGCGAUCCACCGCCCCCGCCCGAGCCAAUGACGAGGAGCUGGAGGAGGAGCGCGCCAAUCGCGUGGUGGUGCGCCGGCGCAAGAACAACGGACGCCGCAACAUUCGCCGGCGGGGCAUCAACAACAGCCGCCGUCGCCGUCGCCCCGCCCAGCGACGCCGUCGAGUGGGCGGCAAUGGCAACCGCCGGCGCAACGUGCGCGUCAUCCGCCCCCAGAGCGGCAACCAGAGGAGGCGUGGCAACCAGAGACGACGCGGCCAGGUCGUCCUCCAGGGUUAA